CCUACUAUCUCUCAAGGAGAUGAAAGUCCGGAUUAGUUUAUUAAGUUUCUUAUAAACUGCAGCAAUAAACUCAGGACAGUGAUUUACAAUCACUGCAGCAGUGUACCUCCUGGGACAGUGCACAACUUACCUCUCAGUUUUUGGCCUGUGGACUCAUGCUGAGCAGUCAGGUUGCUCGUAUCCUGGAUCUUAUCCAACAACUCCUCCCUAUGCCCAAUCAUACUUAUCCCCUAUCAUUGUGGCCUGGAAACUUCUCGCAAUCAGGAAAUAUUCUUCUUGUGAACAGACUAGCCUUAUGCGUGUCUUCUUGCAAUCACCAUUGUUUCACUUUCCCCUUUAUUUAAGGUUGUUGCAUCUGCUGUGACUGUUUGCCUAGGCUUCUACAGUCUUGCUUUUAGCCUACACAAGUAAACUUCAAAAUCAGGGCUUAGCUUUCAACAGCAGCAAGAUGUUUCUCCUGUGCUCCUAAUAUCUUGGUAUCAAGUUUUAUAUUGAUCUGUUUCUACGUUUUCCAAUCUUGCUGUGUUAUCAAGUAGAGGCUUAACGAAGCUCUCUGCUGUUAAUCUUAUGCCAGUGAUAACGAAGGAAUAGUUGGUAUAUGUCCAAGUAAGAAUGGUCUGUGACCUGGGGAAUUUGGAGGUGCAUAACCGGAGAACGAACUUCUUUCUGCUUUCCUUGUCCUCCCUAAGUGGAUGGAUGUUAUGGCUUUGGGAGGGGCUGUCAAAGAGGCAUUAGUGAGUUGUUGCAGUGCAUCUUGUAGGUAGUACACAAUGCAGUCAGUAUCUAUCGUGCAGCAGUGAAGGGAAUGAAUACCAAAUCCCUUCCUAUAGGGCAGAAUCUAAUCUUUGGCCACAGUGUAGAUAACACAGACUGCUGGGGCUUCAUCAACUUGCUUGCCUCGUGAUAUUGUGUUCAGCUAUGAUUUGGCCAGAACCAGUGGCAUUUCUUUAUAGUCCUUUAUAGUUUCUGAAGGAACAUGAUAACAAGAGUCUGCUAUUUAACGUCUUAAGUCUCUUACCAUUUAAUGAAAUGACAGCUGAUCUGUGACUGGGGAAGCACAUAGCUGCCAUCAUGCAAGGUGGUCCUGGAGUCGUCAUCCUGUCUUCAUCCCUCAUACACACACUGUGGUUGGUCAGUGUGUAAUGAGUGGAUUGUGGACAGUAUGGACAGGUGAUGAUGUGACUGUCUUCCAUGGCUGUAAUUAUCUUAAUUCCAACCCAAUGGAAGGCUGGUUUGUUCAGGUGGUGUAUUUUUUAAGGGUUUCUAUUGCCUGUCAUUGAAAGGGGGUCAGUUAGCUCAGUUGGCUGGUUGUGCCCCAGUGAAAUUCAGUGCUCCCUAGGGUGGGGAAGUUCUGAACUCUUUGCUUCGUCUUUUGUGCACAGAUUGUGUGGGAUGAGAAGAAGCAACGAUGGGUGAACCUGAAUGAACCUGAGGAGGAGAACAAGCCUCUUCCUCCUCCGCCAAGUUUCCCAGUGACUGCCCCUACACCUGCCUCAAGUUCUAUUCCCUCAGCCGCACCAGCACCCUCAAGUGGCCCUCCACCUAGGAACAGGUUCUCCAUGAAAGCAGGUACGAAAGGUCGAUAUGUGGAUGUCCUGAAUCCCAGUGGAUCACGGCCUGGUGGAGUUCUGAUGCCCCCAGUGGACCUGUUUGCCCCCUUGGCACCUAUGCCGAUCCCCACCAAUCUCUUUGUACCGAUGUCAGGUGAGGGGUCUCAGCCUUCAGAAGGAAACCCAGGAGAGACCUCGCAGCCUGUGGAACAGGCAAACGCUGAGGCAACCGCACAGCCCCAGAUAUUUAACCCGAUACCAAAUGCUGAUUCUUCACCACCUGAGCCUGACAAUUUGCAGCAUGGAGAGACUGCUGCUCAGCCUGCGCAUGGCGGCCCUGCAUCAGGAGCCGUUCAGUUUUACAACCCUGCCCAGUUCCCCCAGCCCUCGGCAGGAACGACAGGCUCUCGACCAGGAAGGUUCGGGCAAAGGAAGUAUCCGACAUUAAACUGAAAGUCUUAGAAUGAGCUCUGAAAUGAAUGGAAUUUUAAACCCCUACUGGGGACAAUGCAGGUGAUGUGCUGUAAUGUUUGCAGUUACAAAUGAUUAAACUGGAGUGGUGUGUCAUUUAAAUAGUUCUUGCCCUUGAUGAGGUCUCCAGAAAUGCCAAUAAUUACGUAUCCUUUUGAGGGCCAGUUGAGGGACUAAAAUCUGAUGUGGGAAAUGUAAUUGUUUAUUCCUGGUUUAGCCAUUUAAAUAAUAAAACCCAGUUUGACAAGAGCUGUAGCUACAUGGCACAAAUUACAAUGCAAUGUGAUCUAAGAAAAAAAUAACACACUCCAAAAGUGACUGUAAAUGUCAGAGCAUCAAUUGCAAAGUGAAAUUGGUGUCGACCAGAUCCUGGCACAUCCAGAAAGAUGUUCAGCAUCAAGUGAUUCUUUAAUUGCUAUAACUGUUCCAUUUUAAAUGAGAAAAGUUUGUUUGGAAGGGUGGGGGGGGUAGGUUGGGGUAAGGGAAGAGAAAUGCUGGAUUGUCCCUGAUAAUUUGUAUUCAGAUAAUAUAUAUAAAAGGCUGCUGUAUGAGUAUUGUAUAGCCAGACCCAUCUGUUGUACAUUAAUACUUUAAAAUAUCUGGAGGACUGUGUGAAUAAAUAUUAACAUGUGCAAUAUCAGUGCUAUCUUUCUCUUAUUCUGGGAGAAGAUCCAAUGGACAUGGGAGAAGAGAACGUGCAGAUGAGUCGGGAGGGGCUUGGUCCCCUCAAAGGAUUACCCCCCACCUCCCCUCCCAGCACCCUGUCUCUCAAACAGUAUUUUGAAGGUGCUUUGACCAAUUGCAAUAUUUGAAACCGCCACAGAGAUGCAGUGUAAUUUGGGAAUAAUUUUGUAUGGAAUGAAAUCUGAUCUCAAUGCCCUCAAAUAAUGUGAUUUUUGCCUCCAAUGCCACUUAUCUAUAAUGCACCUCAAUCCCAUGUAAUUUAGCACCCUCUGUACCCUCUCAUGUAGACUGCACAAUAUUUCAAACUCAGAUUCUUCUCUCGCCUGAGAAGUUUAUUUUCUUGUUUUAAGGAUGCACACUGUAAAUUGUUGAAAGGAAAUAAAAUAUUUUGCGUUCUGGAACAUUUUCAA